AUGGCAGUAAAGUCGACUUUGAAAUACCUCGGGUUGGUUCUCGAUGCCCGUUGGACUUUCAAAGCUCAUUUUGCAGCCCUGGCACCCAAGCUUGAGCCAACUGCAAUGGCUUUGGGUCGUAUAAUGCCAAAUAUCGGUGGGCCAGGCGGGGGCUGUAGGCUUCUUUAUGCUGGUGUAGUACGUGCGAAGGCUCUUUAUGGUUGUCCGAUAUGGGCGGAUAAGCUGACAUUUUACAAUAUAGGUAUACUGAGGCGGUCACAGCGUAAAGUUGCCAUUAGAAUGGCGAGGGCAUACCGUACAGUAUCCUGUGAUGCAGCAUGUGUCAUAGCCGCCACUCCACCUUGGCACUUGGAAGCUCUGGCUUUGGGAGACAUUUUUUGGAGAAGAGCUGAAGCCAGGAGUGGUGGUUUUGACCCAUCCCUGGAGGUAGUCAAGGUGUGGAAGGAGGAGUAA